AUGGCGGACGGGGCACGCGGGCUCCGCGGCGGCAGCCCGGUCUCCAGCCCGGUGCUGGGCGGGCAGGGCCGUGCCGCGGCGGCGGCGGGGAACAGCCCGCCGGGCCACGGCUUCCGCAGGGUGACCCUCACCAAACCAACCUUUUGCCACUACUGCACCGACUUCAUCUGGGGGCUGGCCGGCUACCAGUGUGAGGUUUGCAACUUCAUGUCUCAUGAAAAGUGCCUCAAGAAUGUCAAGGUACCAUGCUCAUGUAUUGCUCCCAGCCUUGUAAGGGUUCCAGUUGCACACUGUUUUGGGCCUCCAGGACAUUACAAAAGAAAAUUUUGCACUGUGUGCAGAAAGUCACUAGAGUCAUCUGCCUUUCGAUGUGAAGUUUGUGAGCUGCAUGUGCACACAGACUGUAUCCUGUUUGCUUGCAGUGACUGCCGGCAGUGUCACCAGGAUGGGCACCAGGACCAUGAUACUUACCACCACCACUGGAGGGAGGGAAACCUUUCCUCAAGUGCUCGCUGUGAAGUUUGCAAGAAAACCUGUGGCUCUUCUGAGGUGCUGUCUGGCAUGAGAUGUGAAUGGUGUGGCAUCCUGGCUCAUGCUGCUUGCUAUAUAAUUGUCACACCAGAAUGCACUUUUGGAAGAUUAAGGAACAUGAUUCUUCCACCAAGCUCUGUGCAAUUAUUUUCUCGCAACUUCAGUAAACUGCACUGUUUUCGAAUAUCAGAAAAUUUGCAGACAGAAACAGAUGAAGAUGAUGAUGUUGAUGGGUCAACACAGGGAUCAGCAAAAGAUGUCCAAAUUUCAACAGACUCAAGUAAACAAACAUUAAAGAUAUUUGAUGGGAAUGAUGCAGUGAAACGCAAUCAAUUUCGACUGAUUUCAGUACCAAGGAUUGCAAAAAAUGAAGAAGUUGUGGAGGCUGCUUUGAGGGCGUACUACAUAAAUGAUGACCAGCAGGAGUAUGAGCUUCAGACCUUUACACAGCAGGCUCUGCUGUCUGAUGAUGUUAUAAACAGGAACGAUGCUGCAGAGGACAGCAACUUGGGCUCAGUGUUCCGAGAAUCCAUUCCUGAAGCUUGGAUCAUCAGAGCCAAGCCAAAGGAUGACGAAGUUAUAAGAAUUUACCCUGCCUGGCUGAAGGUGGGAAUGGCAUAUGUUUCUCUACGAGUAAAUAAGGAUAGCACUAUACAGACUGUGAUCAAAGAAGUGCUUCCAUUACUUGGAAGACAGACGGAGUGCCUCCAGAAUUUCAAAUUGGUGGAAGUGCUUAUGGGCAGUAAGCAAGUUCAGCGCAUGGUCUUGGACAGUCAGGAAAUGAUUCUUAACAGGCUCAAGGACAUAAGAAAGACUUCAAUACGUCAGAUGAAUCAAACAAGAUUUUACAUUGUGGAGAACAGUAAAUCCAUUGUACGAGUAAAUUUAUUUGUUGGUGGUCUUCCACCUCAGCUUUCUGCUCAAGAGUACACAAAUAUUCUCAAGGAUGAAUUAGCUAUCAAAACAAACCUAGUAUCUGUGAGUCAUGUUUAUCAAGCACAAGGUGCUGUUGUACUCGAAAUUUCAUGCUUUUCUGAAGCUGAAAGAAUAUAUAUGCUAGUUAAAGACACAACUGUCAAUGACAAGCCUCUGAAUGCCAUGGUGAUUCCUGAAGUAUUGGCUUCCAAGAUACCACAGAACUGUUGCCCACUUCUUGUAUUUGUAAAUCCAAAAAGCGGUGGUCUAAAAGGUCGGGAUCUGCUAUACAGUUUUAGAAAGCUGCUAAACCCCCAUCAGGUCUUUGAACUUACCAAUGGUGGCCCACUUCCUGGAUUUCACACCUUCUCUGAAGUCCCCUCCUUCCGAGUGCUGGUGUGCGGAGGGGAUGGCACCGUUGGAUGGGUCCUUGGUGCACUGGAGGAGAUCAGGCACAAGCUGGUGUGCUCAGAGCCCUCAGUUGCCAUCUUACCUUUAGGAACAGGUAAUGACUUAGGGAGAGUCUUGCGCUGGGGGGCUGGCUACAGUGGUGAGGACCCCUACUCGAUUUUGGUUUCCGUGGAUGAGGCGGAUGACGUUCUUAUGGAUCGAUGGACUAUCCUUUUGGAUGCAGAAGAGCCAGCUGAAGGUGCAGAGAAUGGCAUUGCAGAACCUGAGCCUCCAAAGAUUGUACAGAUGAACAAUUACUGUGGUCUUGGUAUUGAUGCAGAAUUGAGCUUGGACUUUCAUCAUGCUAGAGAAGAAGAACCGGGGAAAUUUAAUAGCAGGUUUCACAACAAAGGAGUUUAUGUGAAAGUUGGGCUGCAGAAGAUAAGUCAUACCAGAAAUCUUCACAGAGACAUAAAGCUUCAAGUGGACCAGCAUGAGGUGGAGUUACCAAGUAUAGAAGGACUCAUUUUUAUUAACAUACCCAGCUGGGGCUCCGGAGCCGACCUCUGGGGAUCUGAGAGCGAUAAUCGCUUUGAGAAACCACGAAUCGAUGACGGCCUGCUGGAGGUGGUUGGUGUCACUGGUGUUGUUCACAUGGGUCAAGUCCAAGGUGGUUUUCGAUCAGGAAUCCGCAUAGCCCAAGGCUCCUAUUUUCGUGUAACGCUCCUAAAGCCAAUUCCAGUCCAAGUUGAUGGAGAGCCCUGGAUUCAGGCCCCUGGCCAGAUUAUUAUUUCCGCUGCAGGACCAAAGGUCCGUAUGUUGAAAAAAUCCAAGCAGAAACAGAAAAAAACUGGAAGCCUGAGAGAGAUGAGAGUGGAUAGCAUGUCAGUCUCUGAAGGAGGACGCUAAAUGCAGACCUGUGCUGAGAAGUGUUGCAGCACAGCUACUGUAGAUACCAAGAUGGUUCAGUAAAACCAAGUGCAGACAGCUAGCAAAGAGGGUUGCUUAUGAGUGUGCCUUUCAUUACAUUUUGGUAGUACUGAGUUCUACUUUGUCUUUCAAAGGUAGUGCCUCGUUGUUACAAAUAACUGUUAUGUACCACUGGUCUCAUCUGAAAUGUUUACUUUGGGUUUCUUUCCAUAAGCCAUUUCCUAUAGAAUCUGAGGCCAAACGAAGUCCAAGAUGCUGAGAUUUAUGGAUCUGUUUUCACAAACACUCUUCCCUCCUCACAGCUUUUUGUUAGAGAGAACCAUUCCAUAGAUAAAUUUUGGUGCAUCAUUCCAUAAACGAAAAUGUGUUCCUUUAAAUUAAUGCUCACAGUAGCCUCAAAAAAAUGGCAGACAUGAGUUGCUGAGAGCUUCCUCGAUCAGUCCAAAUAGCACAGCUGAAACAGUUCUACCAUGAAGAGACAAAUAUGAAACAAAGGAGAGAUGAUUUCUAUAAAAGGAGCCCUGCGCAGUGUGAAGAGAGAAAGUACUAGAGUAGUUGAGUCAAAAAAUUUCAGAGAGCUUACUUCAACAGUAUUUGAAUAGUAUGAAUGAAGGGCAAACAGCUUGUAUAGGAAAUUUUCAGCUGCAGCGUAGUUUCUCCUACGUUAUUUAGCCAAAGUCUGUUUUAAAAGGUAUUUGAAUGAAAGAUAUUUCAGCAGCUCCCACUCUAACAUAAAAAAGGAAUAAGAAUACCUGAGGUAGUAUUACUUUAUAACUGAUGUUUUUCUGUCAUUGAAACCAUUGACACCAGACUUUUCUUGUUGUCCUUACUUAUGCUAUCCCAUUUUCCUUAAUUUGUCACAGUUGGACUGUUAUUUAAUAGCAAGCUCAAAGUCUAAAAGAGUCAUUACUUCUGAGGCUAAAAGAAGGUAAGUUAGCACAGUCAUAUGUUAGAGCUGACCUGAAGCACACUGUAGCUUCGCUGAGGAGCCUCCAGACGUGUUGAGGCCUGUAAUGUGCAUGAAACAUGCUGCAGGCUUCAGGUAACUGGGAGUGCAAUAGCUGUCAUGAAAACUUACCUGCCCAGUCAUCUUUCUCACACCCUUGGUGGAUGUUGUCUGGUGUGGCUCUGGGACACAAUGACUUAUCUUCUCUCACUUGAGUGAGAGUGUGUUCUUCAGAGGCUGUUCCUCUGUCACACCUCUCUGUGCUUACCCAUCCACUGAACCUGUGGGGAUCCAGUAUUUCUUUCAUAGCUUGCUGCUAGAGCAGACGUGUUAGUAUGAGUGCUGCAAGACAGUCAUCUGUAGCACAGAGUGAUAUAGCUAAAGCUAUAAACAGAGACAAAACAACCAUGCAAAAUGUAAGCCACCUGAAGCCUCCUCCUUCCUGUCCACUUGUUCCAUCUUGUCUUAGGGUACUGGUGCAGAUGCAUUUGCAAAACUCCUGUUUUCAGUGAAGGCUGAUAUUGAUUUGUUUAAAUUGUUAAUUUAAUUUUAGUGAUGUUCUUUAGGUACCACCAUGUGAGCUACAACUUAUUCUUUUGUUCAACGUGCAAACUAGACUCAUGCUGUGAAGGAGAUAGUGUGGAUAUUGCAGAGCUAAAAUCCUCAUCUCCUAAUCAUUAAACACAGGGUUGUCUCUGUAUCAGGACCUGUGCAGGAAGGAUCAGCUAGGGCUCCUCUGGCACCCUGGUACCAGCAUUACAAGUAGGAAGGGUGAAGUGCUGCAUUUCAGGGUAUGCCAUCCCAGGAUGAAGCUCACAAAUUAGAAAUCUGAAACAGAUUGCUGCUUAUAGCCGUCUAGAAAACCAGAGAGACUGCUAUGUGUCCUCAGGGCAGGAGGAAUGAAUGUGUGAUCUUCUUUCUAAUUGCUGGCUCUGUAGGGGAGAGGAAAACUCAGAAAAUAUGUGUCAGCUUUAAAUAUGCUGAUACUGACCACUUUCUGCAGCCCAAGUAAAUAAACCUGUCUUACUGUUUUUCCAGACAUAUGUAAUCUUGCAGCAUACAGUUGACAGUGUUCCAUGUUCUUGGCUCAUUAAGGGCCUGGCUGUGUCUCCCUGCAUGUUGUCUGCAAUAACACAAAACUCUUGGGUCAUAACAUUUUAAUUGGAGGGCCCCUUGCCGUGGCAUAUCCUUCUGUGGGGAUUUUCCAUGCCUAGGACACUGUAUGAGCCUGUCUCAGGGUAGUGUUGUGGUAGCAAGGCACACAGAAGUAUGAGUGCUUUCUCCUCUCAGCUACCAGAGGGGAUCCUGGUGGAGGACAGGAGGGUUUUGAGUUUUCCUUUCUUUUCUGUGUUUCUUCCAGAAACACACUCAAGUGGUUUUUUUCAGCAGAUGAGAGCCACUCUGGAAUGAGAACAUACCUUAAGAAAAGCACACUUGGCGUUCAAGGCCUCUAUGCAUCAUAAAAUGAUGCUUAGCAUGUUUUGAAGACAAAACAGAUUCCUGGGCAACUGAAAUAGGAAAGAUACUGUAAAGCUUUAAAACAAAAAAUCAUGAUUUAACCCCUCUAUUAAGAUGUUCCAGGUACUGUAAAGGCCAGUAUAUCAAGACUACAGAUAGUAUCUGAGAAGGCCUAGUAUAUUCUUCCAUAGUAUGUAAGACUUCAUUAAAGAGAGAAGAUAACUUCUUGCAGUUAAUAUGAAACAUUUUGACCUAGCCUUUACACUGAACAAAACAAUGGAGUAUAAUUUACAGGCUAAGGGGCAAAGAAUAGAUUCCUGGCACCGAGUCUUGGCAUAACAUUGUGUGAUAACCUACUGGUCACAUGGCCAAGUGCUUUAAAUAAUGCAAUAACAAAUUGAUCUUUAAAUGAAACGGUGUUACUUUGCCAAAAUCUUGUUGUUAAUUUAUAUAUGUGUGUGCGUGCAUAUAUGUGCACAUGCCCUUUAAAAACAGGCCUUACUGCAUUGCCUUUCACAGUGCCUAGAUGUACAGCUGUGCUGCAUUACAGUGUUCUGAUAGCACUCACUUCUGGAUCUUUAAUCCAUUUUGGACAGGAGGCAGAGCUUGCUUUCUUACUGGUCCCACUGAAGUUCUAAGCACUUAUUUCUGACAGACAUGUGCUUUCCAGAAAGACACGAUGACAAUACAGUGAAAGCACAACUGUGUUUGGAGUACAGUCUCUGCAUAUGUACAAUUUGAGCUCCUCUUGCUCGUUCUAGAUUUUUGUAAAGUCUGUGUGUGUCUAAAAUGAAUGGCAAUGGCUAUUGUAGCAUUUUAAAAAUGAGAAAAAGCUGUAGCAUAGUCCGCUGCAAGACUUAAAUAAGGAACAAAACUAAAUGAGCUUUUAUAGACAAUUGUUCGUUAACCUUCACAAUUACCCUCUUACAAGUAUUAUACAGAUUGCAUUUCUUUAAAGAGCAAGUAGUGCUUUGAAUAUCAGCUAUGUGUAAUAGCUAAGUGUUUUACACAUGCACAUUACUCUGUAGCUGUCUGUUGGCAUAUAAAUGUGUCAUUAUCUAAUGAAGCCAACAUUUGUCAGAGAAGAAGGUAGGAGAAGCUGUUGCCACACUUUAAAAGGACUUAUGUUGAAGACACGACAGAGUUAGCUGUGUAGGUGUUUUAUAAGGUACUGGCUGCAUGAACAGGCGUGCCCUGUGCUUGCAGCCCCUGAUCCAUACUCCAGGUCUGAAACUGGUGGCACGUUGGAGUUGUCCACUUAAGAGACUUGGCAGUAGGUAUUCUCCAGUCUGCACUUCGUACCUUUUUCUCAUGGCCUUCACAGCAACUGGGCGUUUUCCUCCUGCUGGGCUGCCCUCCUACCCUUUGGGCCCACCUAGCACUUCAUACUGAAACUAGUCAAAAAAGCAUGAAUAGGUAGUGGAGAAUGUGUGUGGAGAGAGUGGAGGAAUGGGGAUCCUACUCUGAAACACCAUGCUAGUGCUUGGGCUCAUUAAUUUCUACUUCAGCCAUUCAGCAACUACUGAACUACCUUGGAUUCAUGGUGACAGCGCUGCCUCAUUUUCAGGCUUUGAUGUUAUACACAGCAGUGUAUAUAUCACUUCAUAUACUUUUUGCACUUAACAGAAAAUGCAGGUUAGGCUUAGGGUAUGGAAAAGUUGCAAUGUUUGUACUUUUUUUUUUUUUUAAAUAUGGGGAUGAUUCUACAGAUACAAAGAUGCACUUUUCUGGUAGUGAUGAAGACAAGUGCAACUGCUGGAGACUUUCUCUGACUGCAGCGUUCCUUGGUCCCCAUCCAUCUCUCAUAGCGUGUUGUUCUUGUAAGCCUGCUUGGCAGUGAGAGAUGCUAUCUCCCUGCCAUCACAGGAUGUAUAUACAGCUGAAUGACUGAAAGUUCACAUAUAUUUUUAAACAAAUUGGCUGCUGUUCUAAGAUUUGGGUUUAUUAGGCUUGAUUUUAUAAUGCAUACAAGUAAUGUUGGAAUUUUAUUUGUAACAUUAACAUUUACUGAUAGUUUGCUGACACUUGGCUCAGAGGAGAGAUCAGCUCAAAGACUUUACCGCUUUUGCUGUGUAAUGUGGGUGGUUUUUUUUUUUUACAGCCUAGCCAUUGUUAUAUGUGCAAUGCAGUGAGAUGAAUGUAAAUCACUUAACCUGCAGUUAGACCAACAGUUUCGAUGUUUACAGGACAGUGACUAUUGAUUGUAAACUCAUACGUGUCGAUUGAAGCAGUGUGCUUUCUCUAUUUUUGGAAGCAGUGUUUCUGCCUCCUGUAACAGUUAAUGAAAUAGUUGCCUUCUGGUUUAGAUUCCUGGUUAUGUCCCUUUGGAGAGAUUUAAAUGCAGAUUGUUACUUUUCUGCUAUGGACUGAGAGAACAGAAUUUGUACCCAUACAAGUGUUGAAUGUGUUUUCCAAAAGAUUGACUUUAUUUUUUUGUGACGAUAAUUUAUGAGAAUGUUUUAUAAGCAGAUAAGUGUUGGUGAAAAGAUUGGUGUGAGGCCUGGAAAUAAAUGUGUGUAAAGAUGUAUCCCAACACAAGUAUUUAGUAGGGCAUAGUGUAAUUAUCCCUCUGAGCUCUCUUAGCAGCAUGCACCCAUUUAACACAGCACUGUGCACAGCUCCAAUGUGUUACUGAGGAGAUAACUUGAUUUCAGGAGAUGUGGCUUCAUUUAUAUUGUGUAUUUCCCAUAUGACAGCACUAGUAGCAACUCCUAAUACAAACAUCAGCUGCAGGAAAGCAGAACUUCGUCCCUGUACAGAUGACUGCAGGUUGAAGAGCAGGGAGCCUGCCCUUGUGCUUGACUCCAGGAACCUUACAGGCCUGAUGAGGGUUUGGCACUUGCAGGCCUCUCUGAGAGGCCCCAGGGUGUGCCACACGUUAGUCGUCUCACUUUCUGCAGGAAGGGAGGUGUGCAUCGGCAUGUUCCUGUGUCAGUUAACAGCUUGCCUUGCCGUAGCAUCCCUUUCUUUGUGCUGCUGAUAUUGCCAAAUUGGGUAGAAAGAGGUGCUUGAAGAAUUACUAUUUAUUGUGUAAUUUUAGGUGCUUAUAAAGCCUUCACUGCUAUUUUAAAGCAAAAUUAUGGGGAUCUGUAGUAUAGCAAUAGCUGUAUAACUCCAGCUUUCUAAACAUGCCAAAAGCAAGUUAUCCUUGUGAUAGUUUAAUUAGCAAUGGUGUGUAGAUAGUAGCAGUCAGUACCUUGAAGUUGCAAGUUCUGAUUAUUGGAAAGAAACAUUUCUGGUUUGAAUGCAAAGCAUCACAGAGUUUGUAAUUUGCUGUAAACUUCAGUGUCCCUCCUGCUUACAAACCACCCGUGACAUCUUAAUUCUUCUCAAAGUACAGCUCAACUGUUGCUUACUUAACUGUGUUUUUCACGUCUGGCUAUUUAAGUCAUCCAACUUCAAGCAGUUUUAUGAAUGCCAUUUUAAUAUCAAGAUACUCUUAAGAUGUCUUGUAAACGUUUCUUGUGAAUAUUCUAAUACGUUGGUAGUAAAUCACCUUGGCCCAAGGAGCUAAGGUAAGCUGGCCAUUGAACAGUUUAGUUAUUGCCUAGUGCGUAUGCUUUGUGCACCUGCCUAAUAAUUCUCAGAAAAACAUAAGCCUCAGUAUAAGCAUUGAAGUGGUUGAAAACUGCCUCCACGUUGUGUGCCUCAAACCAGUAAUGCAUUAUCACACACGUUUACUUGUGGAUUGGUCUUAGAAACAGGCUUUUAACGAUAUAACUUCUUCCUUAGUGUCUGCCUUGCAAAUCACUAUGCUGUGGGAACUUGUCUACAAAUAACAUACCUAGUGUAGUAAUUGGUUUCAAAAAAAGUAAUUUAUAAAAGAUGGACUUUCUUCUUAUAUUUAAACAUCUGUUUGUCCUUGGGUUAUGGUCUUAGAACAAUUCUGUAUAUAUUUUGCAAUAUGUGUUUUGUGUUUAAUUUGACUGUACAUUUUGCACUGAUUUAAAAUUCUGUAUUCUAAGUAUUAUUUACAAGUUCCAGAGAUCUGUAACUAGACUUUAUCUGUG